GGGAAAGCCCGCGGUGAUUUCCUCUGUGGAAUCGCUGAGGUAGCCCGGCGCGUCACUGCCAUGGAUCCCUUUCUGGUGCUGCUGCACUCGCUGUCCGGCAGCUUGUCGAGCAGCGAUCUGAUGGAGCUCAAGUUCCUGUGCCGUGAGCGCGUGGGCAAACGCAAGCUGGAGCGCAUGCAGAGCGGCCUGGACCUGUUCUCGGUGCUGCUGGAGCAGAACGAUCUGGGCCCCAAUGAUACCGGGCUGCUACGCGAGUUGCUGGCCUCACUGCGCAGACACGACCUACUGCAACGCCUGGACAACUACGAAGCGGGGCUGGCGGUCUCAGCCGCGCCGGGGGAGGCAGAUCUGCAGGUGGCAUUUGACAUCGUGUGUGACAAUGUGGGGAGAGACUGGAAGAGACUGGCCCGUGUGCUGAAAUUGUCUCAGGUCAAAAUUGACGGGAUUGAGGAGAGGUACCCCCGAAGCCUGACUGAGCAGGUAAGGGAGACUCUGAGGGUCUGGAAGAUUGCCGAGAGAGAGAAAGCCACAGUGUCUAAAUUGGUGAACGCACUGAGGAUGUGUCAGCUGAACCUGGUGGCUGACCUGGUGGAAGAAGCGCCGCAGACCCCGGGAUCAGUGACUGAGAGUAAGAAUGUGUCCCGAGUGCUGUGGGACUCAACUGUGUCUUCCUCACAAGCACCGUGACAAGCCUGCUGCUCCUGACAGGAGCCACAGUGGACUGGACACACACCAUGAUGCAUUACCAAGUGCCUUCUGUUCCCAGUGCCACGAAGACCUCGUUGGUCCAGACCAGAGCCUACUCACCGAACCAGCCCCUGAAGUAAAGCUGUUAUGUAUAGAACCUCUGUCUUCUCAACCUUGGGGACUCAUGGAGCUUUCGUGUUCUCCACUGCUGCUCUUUCCCCUGAGAGAAGUCCCUCGUCCUGCAAAGAGGAAGUUAGAACUAACUUGUGCUGAAAAUUUGAGAGCCUUCCUGUCCUUCGGGGCACCAGCUCAGUUCAGAGCACUUGACUGCCCCCUGUUGGCCAUUAGGACAUCUGUCCCAUUUCCUUGGAGGCCAUCAGAGCAGCUCCUGACCUGUAAACAAGUGGUACUUGCAGGAGCCUCGCACACUGUACCCUGCACAUCAGCUCCUGCGAGAACUGAUUCUAAAGUUCACAGCCUACAGAAAUUGCUGUCUCUGGGAAGGACUGUGAUUUAAAGGGCAGCUCCCCUGCUUCUAACAUGGUCUUUAAACAAGUA